GGGAGCGGUGGUUGCGCGGUCACGUGAGCGGCUCCGCUCGCAACAUGGCGGCGGCCGUGGUGGUGCUGCUGCUGCUGCCGGUGGUGGCGGGGACCGGAGGGAGGCGGGUGUCCCUGCAGUACAACCCCGGCUGGAACGGCUCCUCGGUGAACGUGCUCCACGUUCGGGCCGUGGGCGCCGCGGACACCCUGCACUACGUGUGGAGCAGCAUCGGCGGCCCCGCAGUGCUGCUGCUGGCGACCCGGAGCAGCACCAGUGCCCUGGGCAUCGACUGGGACCGGCUCCUGUCGCCUGCCCCGGCCGGUGCCGUCUGGAUCGAGCCCCCCGGCAGCGUCACCCACGCGGCUGCCGUUGUGUUCACCAAGGUGUUCGAGUACAGUGAGACUGGAGCCCAGAAGGAGUUUUUCUACCCCACAUAUGACCUGUCUGACUUCUCCUGGGCCAGCAUCAAUCACACCCUGAACCACACAGCUCUGACAGCCGAGUUCUCCGGGGUCCCUGCCGCUGAUCCUAGUGGCAGCUUCUCCAACGGCAGCCUGGCCUUCCGGGUCACAGCCUACGAGGCCGGUGGGCGCGAUGAGGUCCUGCCCAGCCUCCUUCACACUGCAAACAGCUCCAAGGUGGAGUUCAUCCUGGCCGGGGUGGCCCCGCGGGGCAAUGGCUCCCGCUUCGUGCUGGAGGUGGCAGCGGUGGAGGAGCCGGGGCUGGCACCGGCGCUGCGGGUGCUGCGCUCCAUUGAUGAUGAGUACACCCCGACCGUGUUCGAGGUGCUGUCCCUGGCAGCCCAGGCCUGGAACGAGAGCUCUGCACGGAGCUUCCUGCAGUGGAAGGCGACAGCCUAUGGCUCCCGGUGGCCGCGGCGCGAGGACGGGAUCCGCUGCCGCUCCCAGGGGCUGCGAGCAGCCAACUGGAGCCUGCCCCUGUCCAGCCUCGUCCGUGCCUACUUUGGGGACGGGGCUGGCAGCAGCUACAGCAUCAGCGCCCUCAACAUCUCCUUUGGGGGAGAGGAGGGGAAGGUUUAUGAGGAGAAGCGAUACCUGAGCUGGUCGGCGCUGUUGGGCUUCGGGCAGCCCCCCCAGGACACCUUCUCCCCCCUCGUCAUCUCCAUCAUGGCUGUGGCGCUGGGUACCCCAGUGCUGCUGCUGCUGCUGGGCGGCUGCGUCCUCCUCUGCACCCGAAGGCAGCGCUACUCUGAGUAUGAGCCCAUCAACUGAGCCCAGGGACCCCCACGGCCACCCUGGGCCCUCUCCUUCAUCCCAUGGCUUGGAGCGGAUCCGGUGCCCAUUGCAGUUCCCUGCAUCCUGGCUCCCUCUGUCCCAUUCCUCCUCCUGCUCCAGUCCUCAUCCUGUUGCUCCCCAUCUGCUCCUGCUCCAUCCAGCCAAGGGAAGGGACUCAGGGGGAGCUGGUUCCCAAGUGGUAAACCCAGUGGGGCCAGGUUUGCAGCCCAUGGUGUUGUGCUGGCCCUGGGAGGGCUCAAGCAGUGGCUUCAGCUUGGUUGGGUCCUGCUGUGGCUGCUGCUGCCUGGGCUCGGAGCCGGGAUCCGGAUGCAGGAGGCCAUGGACAAGGUGCUCUGUGGCUGCACAGAGGGGGGGCAGAGGCCCCUGAGGGAUGUGCUGGGGCUUGGGCUCCAGCAUGGGCUUGGCUUUGACCAAAUAAAGUGGGUUUUUGUUGUUUCCUGUCCCUCCA